ACAAUCUCGAGUUGUUGUUAUUGUGAUGAUGGCGGCGGGCGCGGAGGCUCCGGACUCCUGGUAUUUGGCGCUGCUCGGGUUCGCUGAACACUUUCGGACCUCCAGUCCACCCAAGAUCCGCCUGUGCGUGCACUGCCUGCAGGCCGUCUUUCAGUUCAAGCCUCCGCAGAGGGUCGAGGCCCGGACGCACCUGCAGCUCGGCUCGGUGCUGUACCACCACACGAAGAACAGCGAGCUGGCCCGCACGCAUCUAGACCAAGCGUGGGUCAUCUCGCAGCAAGCGCCGCAGUUUGAAGAUGUCAAAUUUGAGGCUGCCAGUCUCCUCUCAGAGCUUUACUGUCAGCAGAAUCUGGUGGACUCGGCCAAGCCUCUGUUACGGAAGGCCAUCCAGAUCUCACAGCAGACUCCCUACUGGCACUGCAGACUUCUGUUUCAGCUGGCGCAACUUCACACACUCGAGAAGGAUCUUGUGUCGGCGUGUGAUCUGUUGGGAGUCGGUGCUGAAUACGCUCGAGUGGUUGGAUCUGAAUACACCAGAGCUCUCUUCCUGUUGAGUAAAGGCAUGUUGCUGUUGAUGGAGCGGAAGCUGCAGGAGGUUCAUCCGCUCCUGACGCUGUGUGGACAGAUCGUGGAGACAUGGCAGGGAAACCCCAUCCAGAAAGAGUCACUGCGGGUUUUCUUUCUGGUGCUGCAGGUGACGCAUUACCUGGACGCUGGACAGGUGAAGAGUGUGAAGCCGUGUCUGAAGCAGCUCCAGCAGUGUAUCCAGACGAUCUCAACUCUUCAUGAUGAUGAGAUUCUGCCCAGUAACUCGGCCGAUCUCUUCCACUGGCUGCCCAAAGAGCACAUGUGUGUGCUGGUGUAUCUGGUGACGGUUAUGCACUCCAUGCAGGCUGGAUAUCUAGAGAAAGCUCAGAAAUACACAGAUAAAGCCCUCAUGCAGUUAGAGAAGCUCAAGAUGCUGGACUGCAGCCCCAUUCUGUCUUCAUUUCAAGUCAUUCUGUUGGAGCACAUAAUCAUGUGUCGCCUGGUGACCGGACACAAGGCCACAGCGCUACAGGAGAUCUCUCAGGUGUGUCAGUUGUGUCAGCAGUCUCCACGGCUCUUCUCCAAUCACGCUGCUCAGCUUCACACGCUGCUGGGUUUGUACUGCAUCUCUGUGAACUGUAUGGAUAAUGCUGAGGCUCAGUUCACCACCGCUCUCAGGCUGACCACACAUCAGGAGUUAUGGACCUUCAUCGUCACCAACCUGGCCAGUGUUUACAUCAGAGAGGGAAACAGACAUCAGGAGCUCUACAGUCUCUUAGAGAGAAUCAACCCAGAUCACAACUUCCCCGUCAGUUCUCACUGUCUGCGUGCGGCUGCGUUCUACAUCCGGGGCCUUCUGUCCUUCUUCCAGGGUCGGUACAACGAAGCCAAACGUUUUCUGCGCGAGACGCUCAAGAUGUCUAAUGCAGAGGAUCUGAAUCGUCUGACGGCUUGCUCUCUGGUGCUGCUGGGACACAUAUUCUACGUGCUGGGAAACCACAGGGAGAGUAAUAAUAUGGUGGUUCCAGCGAUGCAGCUGGCCAGUAAGAUUCCUGACAUGUCCGUUCAGCUGUGGUCUUCUGCUCUUCUGAAGGAUCUCAACAAGGCUUGUGGGAAUUCAAUAGACGCACAUGAAGCUGCACAGAUGCAUCAGAACUUCUCCCAGCAGCUCUUGCAGGAUCAUAUAGCCGCCUGCAGUCUGCCUGAACACAACCUAAUCAGUUGGACGGACGGACCUCCUCCUGUCCAGAUCCAGGCUCAGAAUGGACCAACGACCAGCCUGGCCAGCCUGCUUUAAACCUCCCGCUGUACAUACACAUCAUACACACAAACACGCUCUGCUGCCAUUGCCCUGCACAUUUUUAUCUUGUAUUAUUGAGAUUUUAACUUAUUGAGUCUGUCGACGGUUCGGCUUGAUGAGAGUGAACAGACGGCGUUCAAACUGAAGGUUCCUCACACAGCUGAUGAUCAGAAGCACACACUUUAUCACAUUAUUCUCUCAUGAAACACAUAAGGAAGACUUUGAGAGGUGUGACGGGAGAGGGCGGAACUGAGAGAUGAAGAAAAUGUCCGGUAGGGUAUGGUUCUAAUAGACGGUUGUUUCUGCUCACCAUCACACAGCUAGACCGUGCGGGCGAGAGAGAGAGAGAAUGUGUGACAUCGUUUGUUUCAGUACAUGGAAAUGAAAGCACAUGGUAACACAGAGUGUUGUUAUAGCAUUAUAUUCUUAUUUUUUUAACUGCGCUGGGAGACUCUGUGGUCGUCAUGGUCUGGUCUUGGGUUACUGAAGGACACAACUUUGCAACGUAAUUAAACUGUUGUUGUGUUUGAAGCGGUGAAAUUCACACGCAGUGAACCUUUCUUUUUUUUGUCAUGAUCUCUUGUCAUGUGUUAUGAUGUGUGCUGGUCAUUUAUUGAACCAAACGGAUCUGAAAUCAGCCGCUGUGUCUUCACAAAACACUGUGUAGAGAUGUGGAGGAAGGGAUGGAGUGGACAUCAGAGCGACUCUUGUCUAUUGCAUGUUUAUGAGGGAAUCCGGUCCGUCUGUAGUUGAGAUUCUCAGGACAGAACCUUUCUUUUAUUCUUCAUUAUUUUAAUCCACGACUUCGUCUUCAUCUCUGUAAAAACCUCGUGGGGACACUCUUGUUUUCCUCUGUAGUUUUAACAAAUACAUUUAUUGAAUUUUGUAAAGUUUGAAUAUUUAUAUACCGCAUUUAACAAUAUUAUAAUCUUUGUCAUUAUUUUGAUUUGGAAUAGCAUUUGAUUGUAUAAAUGUGAUGAAGCUGUUGUUUGUUGGUCUAGUUUAACACACACACACAAACACUUACACGUGUUGUGACAUUGGAUCAGCUGUAAUUCUGACCCCAGAUCAGCUCAGCUGUUCCCGUUGGCUCCUAAUAACUGUAUUUUUAAACACUUAUAUUUUUUCUUUGUGUUGGCUUUGAAAUCAUCAUUUUUUAUAAAUAAAAUCAGACAAGUA